UUGCUGUCUCUAUAUCGUACCAAAAACUUGUUCGUUGCAACGCUUGUCUGAAUAGUGGUUACGUAGUUGGUAUCCUUGUCUCCACUGUAUAAGAUGGCAGAUAUAUCUAAAGAAGAGCUCCGCAAGGAAAUUACCGCCAUCCUUAAGGAUGCUGAUCUUACAACAAUGUCUGCCAAGAAAGUGCGGCAACAGAUUGAAGAAAAGCUAGACGUAGAUCUGACAGACAGAAAGAAAGAGGUUGAUGAUUUAGUUAUGGAAUGUCUUCAAGAGAAGCAAGAUGGCAAGGGUAAAGACAGUGGUAAAAAAAAGAAAAAUAAGGAAAAGGAUGAAGAAGAUGAGGAAGAAGAUGAAGAGGAGGAGGAAGAAGAUGAAGAUGAGGAGGAGGAGGAAGAAGAAGAAGAGAAGCCCAAACCUAAGAGAGGGGGUGGAGCAACCACCAAGAAACCACCAGCAAAGAAGGCCAAGAAGACUAGCAGUGAUGAGAGUGAUGAAGGCUCUGAUGAUGAUGUAAGUGAUGAGGAAUACAGUCCAUCAAAAAAGGGCAAAAAUGCACCUGCCAAGAAAGGGAAGACAGCCAAGAAGAAGAAGGGUAGUGACAGUGACAGUGAUGAAGAUUGGGCCAAGACAAGGAAAUCUAAUUCGGGUGGCGGUGCUGGUGGUGGUGGAGGUGGCGGAGCAGCCAAGAAGGUAUCAGGGGGAAAGCGGGGUGCAGGUAGUGGUUAUACACGAGCCUAUACUCUUAGUCCUGAACUUGCAGCUGUGGUUGGUGCAGAUGCAAUGGCUCGCCAUGAAGUUGUUCGUAAAAUUUGGGCAAUCAUCAAGGAAAAGAAUCUGUAUGAUCCCAAGAAUAAACAGUUUGCCAUAUGUAAUGAUGAGCUGCUUAAAGUGUUUGGUGUUAAACGUUUUCGCACAUUCGGCAUGAUGAAGUACCUCAAGAAUCAUUUUAUUGAUUAACUCUUUUCAGAUUUAAGAGUUCUGGAUGUGAAUGAAUGGCCAAAACAGAGUAAGACUUUUUUCUUUUCUUGGUUGAGAGUCAUCACAUGUCAAAAUUUGAGCAGUGUUAAUGCUGUUUGAGUGGGAAUUUGUCUUUUUUCUUUAACUAUUAUAAAUAUUGUGCAGUGUCCCACUGUAGUAUGUGACAAAGCUUUGGCCAAAACUGUUCACAAAAAUAACAUCCACAUUAAUGAGUUUGGAAAGUUUAGACAUUUUUUUAAUUUUUAUUUUUGAGAAGAGUUACUGUGUUUUUAAGUGUUUGCACAAUAUAUUUUCUAAGUAUUAUGGGAAGUGGAAAUCUCUACAAUAGGCAGCCAUAAUUACAUCUUUUUUCAAUGUACAACACUUGUAAGUUGGUAUGUGUCAGAACUGUGAAAAUGGCAAAGCAAUUUUUUUUACCUUCUCUCUGUAUUUGUAUCUGUAAUAACAGAAAUGAAGAAAUACAAAGUUUUUUUAUUUUAAUGUAUUUCUGAAACUGAAAUGUAUAUUGUUUUCUUUAUUUUCGUGGUACAGCAAAUAUUUGGAGUUGUACAAAUCCAUCCCAAACUUCAAAAAAAAAUUUCCUUGUCAUGUUUGCAAUCCUACAAUGUAUUGAGAAUAAUAAGAAAAAUAGAAUGGUGAAUUUUGUUGGACAUUUAUGUUUUUUGUUAUAAUACCCUAUGUUCCCACGAUGUACCAAAUGGCAGGGAUGAUUUACUCAUUCAAUAUAACCUUGUAUCUUAUACUGCUUAUUUUAUAAAGAAUGAUAAUAAUUUUUGUUAGCUGUCUAUAUGUAGAGCUCUCUGCAGUAAUGGAAAUUGUGGAUGAACAGAUACACCUACAGGGAUGUACAACCAUUCAUUUGAAGUCUGAGGUUGCCCUGGUGUCUAGAAAAAUAAAAGUUUUAUCAGAUUUAUGAAAGCUACAAAAUUACAUAAUUUUAUGUUAUUGUUGAUCCUUGAGACGUACGAAUCUGUUUUAUGGUGGCGAUAUAUAGACAAAAACUGCAUGUGUUCAUUUUUUCAUGAAGAUGAUAAAACAUACAUGACCAAGCUGUGUUUGUGACUUGAUAGUUUUAAAUAUGUUCAGCAACAAAAUAAUAUGAUCGGUUGUGGUGUGUCACCUUGAUAGUACUAGGUAUUAAAGCGUCAUGUUACAUGUUACUUUGACUAUGCUGAAAAAUGUUUCCUUUGUCUUUGCAGUCUACAGAAUGUACACUUAAAAUUUUAACUUGUCCAUCAAGAGUGUUCAUUGCUUCUUUACUGAUGUGGUGGAUGUCAUUUUUAUAUGGGCAUAAAAUUAAUUUAUUAAUGUAACAUGUAGAAUCAGUUAUAGUUAGAUAUUCUCCAGGCAUGUCUAGAAUUAGUGAGACACUGCUUUUAAGUUCUGGAAUAUCAAUAUAGUUUAUAAUAACAAAUCUCUAAACUUAGACUAGGUAGGUUUUCCUGUUCGUGCAUCGUAAUUCGAGACAUUGAUCGAUCAAUUGAUUUUUGAGGAAAUCAAGUGAGAAGAUAGAAAGGUAUGGACAUUGAUACAGGAGAGAGGAUAAAGAAUGAAGAAGCAGUUGUCAUAAGAUGAUCCAUCCUGGAAGAAACAUCAGCAGAUGAUAAUGGUGUUUAUUGGUUUGAAGGGUAUUCAGUGAUUGCCCCUAAGGCCAGAAACAUACAGGAGUUACAAAAGGCUAUGUUGAAAUGUAUUUCCUUGAAUUAUGGUAGUAAAACAGUUUACAUUA